GAUCAUACGCAUUAGUUUGAUUUUUACCAUAAUAAUUAGCUUUUGACCCUCUAGUAUUAAUAAUUAUGGAUAUUAAUAUUUGUAAAACAGGGACCACCACCAUUCCCUUCUAUAUAUAUGUGGUUCAAGUUGGCUGAUAAAUUAGUUCGAAUCCAUAUCAUUUUCUCUCCAAUCUGUUUCCGUUUGCCAUCCUCAUCUCCCUCUAAACAAAAACACAUUUUAAAAAUGCAAAUUCCAUGGAAAAGACUUUCCAACACAACCAAACAACCUCAUCUCUUUUGCUGAACCUGGAAUCUAAGCUUCCAUCUACACAAUAGAUAAAUACCCAAAGCUCAUCAAUAUCCAAACCCACCAAUAUAUACCAGACGCGUGUCAAGCACGCAAUUAAAAUUCAUCCUCUUCUCUCUCUCUCGCUCUCUCCACCUUCUUCACGUUUUGCUGAAGCAUUUUAAAACCCUAAUUUCCUUUCUUUUUUAUUUAUUUUUUUCCCAACUUGUAUUAGCCAUGAAAACUGAAAUAAGAAGAAGCACAACCUCUCUUUCGCUACAGAACUCGACCACUACCCUUUUCAACACCCCUCAAGGUCCUCUUGAAGGAGCUCUCAGAGGGUGUCUUGGAAGCUUAGAUGGAGCAUGUACAGAGAAGCUUCUACGCCAUUGUGCAAGUGCUUUGGAGAGCAACGACGUCACUUUGGCUCAGCAAGUCAUGUGGGUACUCAACAAUGUAGCUUCCUCAGUCGGGGACACAAAUCAAAGGCUCACAUCUUGGUUUCUCAGGGCUUUAAUCUCAAGGGCUUCGAGGGUUUGUCCAACGGCCAUGAGUUUUAACGCAAGCAGCAGUAGUAGUAGUACAAUUCAAAGGAGGUUGAUGUCGGUGACUGAGUUAGCCGGGUACGUUGAUCUCAUCCCUUGGCAUAGGUUCGGAUAUUGUGCAUCCAAUAGUGCUAUUUUCAAUGCAAUUCAAGGUUACCAAAAAGUUCACAUCUUAGAUUUUAGUAUAACACAUUGCAUGCAAUGGCCAACUUUAAUUGACGCAUUGGCCAAAAGACCUGAAGGUCCUCCUUUCCUUCGAAUCACUGUUCCUUGUUUUAGACCACCGGUUCCUCCUUUGCUCAAUGUUUCGAGCGAAGAAGUCGGUCUUCGUUUAUUGAAUUUCUCCAAGUUUCGAGAAGUUCCUUUCGAAUUCAAUGUCAUUGAUGAUAAUUUAUCUUCUUCUUCUUCCACUACUACCUCCUCGAGUAGUAGCAGCGAAACCAUGUGUGUAGAAUCCUCUAACUUUCAUUUCGAAUUGCUUUUGAGCCAAUUAAACCUCUCUUCGCUAAAUGUUCGAGAUGAUGAAGCUUUGGUUAUAAACUGCCAGAAUUGGCUUCGCUAUUUGCCUGAUGAAAGCAUAGGGAAUGCUAAAUAUUCUCUGCGAGAUGCUUUUCUCAACAAGAUUAAAGCCCUUAACCCUAGAAUUGUAGUCGUCGUGGACGAAGACUCGGAGCUGAAUUCCUCGAGUCUCACAUCAAGAAUAACAACAUGUUUCAAUUAUCUAUGGAUUCCGUUUGAUGCGUUGGAGACUUUUUUGCCGAAAGACAGUGGGCAAAGGAUAGAAUACGAAUCGGAUAUCGGUCACAAAAUCGAAAACAUCAUCGGUUUCGAAGGGUUUCAAAGGAUAGAGAGACUAGAAAGCGGUUUUACAUUUUCACAGAGGAUGAGGAACGCGGGUUUCAUGAGCAUUCCAUUCGGUGAAGAGACUGUUGGAGAAGUGAAAGGGUUGUUAGAUGAACAUGCAAGUGGGUGGGGAAUGAAGAGGGAAGAAGAUCAUAUGUUAGUGCUCACAUGGAAGGGUCACAACUCGGUUUUUGCCACAGCUUGGGUCCCAAAUGGGGUGUUGGAGGAUCAAAUUGGUGUGGCUUAAAAUUUAGGUGUAGGUCAUGAAAAAUAAAACUAAAAUGUAACACAUAGAAACUCUUGCAUCAAUUUGGACCUGGCUCGAGAUAAGGGGUUUUGAGAUUUCGAUCCCAUUUAGUGGUCCCAUGUGAAGAGGUAUAUGCACUAGUAUGCCAGCAGUGGCCAAAAAAAAAAAAAAAAAAAAGCUGCAAAUUGUGGGGCAGAAGACAAGAGAAUGAAAACGGCAGCACUUUGAGAAUAAUGUCUAAAGCCAGUUUGUGUGAAUUCCAAUUGCUAGCUAAUUGAAAUUUGAUCACAUGAAAGGCAAAAAGAGGAAAUGUACAUUGUCUUUUCUUUGGUCUAUAGUAUGAGACAAAAUGAAAUCCCUGACUUUUAUUUUAUUUUUUUUUUUGUUUUCUCAUCUUUGUGUGAAAGACUUUUGUUUUUUACACCCCGUUUAGUGUACGUUUAGUUUUUGAUCAAAGUAGCAAUGCAAUAGUCCGUAUUCUUACCUUUUUCGACAUCAAAUUAUUUCACAUUGUCCUCCAUAAAGAAUUUUUGUUUAAGUUUUAAUUUAUGCAUUAGGAACCUCUCCUUCAGA